AGGGAGACACCGCUUCACACAAAAGUGGAUGAUCCCACGUGUACGUGCAAGAUGACGUCUAACAGAAUCAUCGUGCGGAGCACCAUCGUUUAACUUUUCCGACAAAAACAAAAGCCUAAAAAAUCUAUCACCUCCUAGAGAUCUCGCCGUCUUCCCCUCCUCACCACCACGCCCGACGAUUCUUCAGUUCUACAUUUAGGGUUUCACUUUUCCAAUCUCCCUUUCUCAAUGCAGCCAGCACAAUAAUAACGGAAAAUUGUGUCACUGGUUCCAAAAUGACUUGAAGUGCUUCUUAUUAGCUUACUUUGAAGCUUAAUUAUUACUCGAUCGAGCUUUCAUUGCAACUAAGAAAGGAAAUGUCGUUCGACAAUCAACUAUUUUGGAUGGGGAAGAGUUACGGGAAUUUGAAUGACAGUGAUGACUUGACAUAUGAUAAUUCUAGAAUCGAGUCAAAGAGGUCUAAUCAGUGGUUUGUGGAUGGCCCUGAAAUGGAUCUGUCUCCCAAUAAGAAACAAGCAGUAGAGGGUCCCAACAGUUUAUCGCCAGGGUUGCUCAACUCCAAUAUUUCGUCAUGGGGAGAUUCUUUAACUUUUCACUCUUUAACUGGCCAUUUUACUGCGCCACUAUUUGAUCCAGGGGCUGCAUCUAUGAAUUUUGAAGACGUAAGCAUUUGCCCUUUGAACAUAGAUAAUAAGUUGAGUGCGGAAAGAAAGAGUAUCUUGGAUCCUUUUGGGGGUGAUGCCUCAUUUGGUUUAUCCAUGUCAACUACAUUAGAAGAUUCUCAACCAGUUUUUAGUAAUCCCUGUGAUGGAGUUAGCAACACCGUGUCGCACACUCAUGCAUCCAAGGAAGGUGACAAUUCAAUGUCAACAAGCCUCACAUUCAACAAUGGGGAUGCCAAUGUAACAUUGGUUGACAAUGCUUUUGAUAGGAUGGAUAACAAUAUAAUGUCAACGAGUCAAACUUAUAACAAGGGAGAUGGCAACUUAUCAGUACCUCCGACGUUCAAAGAGAUUUGCAACACAAUAUCAAUGGAUCAGGGAUACAUUAAUGUAGAUAGUGAUGCAAUGUCUAUUGCUCAAGCUUACAACAAGGCCUGUGAUAAUUCUAUGUUGAGUAACCACUUAUUCAAUAAGGUUGAAGAUGACAUCAUAUUGAUGGGUCAGACUUACCAUCAGAGACGAAAUGACAUGUCAUUUGUUCCUCAUUCUUAUAAUAAAGGAGAAAGCACUAUCAUAUCCUUUGGUGGCUGUGAUGAUGACGACGCAAUUCAAUCUGACUCAUUUGUUUCUGACUACGCCCUUUUUAUGGGUCAAGCACCUUCACAUAUGUCACAAGUUGCAAAUGAAAAAGAGUUGGUUAGAUCAAGCUCUAAACUAAUUCCAAGUACAGCCCAGAUGUCUGCGUCAGAAGCUGAAAAUGUUCCCAGGACAAAAGAGGAGAUGAAAAUGACUAAAAAAGCUACUUCAAAUAACUUCCCUUCAAACGUCAGAAGUUUGCUAUCCACUGGUAUGCUGGAUGGCGUCUCUGUAAAGUAUAAAGCAUGGUCACGGGAGGAACUUCGAGCUGUUAUUAAAGGUGCUGGGUAUUUGUGCAGCUGUCCGUCGUGUAAUUUUUCUAAGGUUAUUAACGCAUACGAGUUUGAGCGGCAUGCUGGUUGCAAAACAAAGCACCCAAAUAAUCAUAUUUACUUUGAGAAUGGUAAAACCAUAUAUGGAGUGGUACAAGAGCUCAGGAGCACUCCACAGAAUAUGUUAUUUGAAGUUAUUCAGACAAUAACUGGUUCACCUAUCCAUCAGAAAUCCUUCCGGAUUUGGAAAGAAUCCUUUUUGGCUGCAGCACGCGAGCUCCAGCGCAUAUGUGGAAAAGAUUAAGUAAAGCAAUUGGUUAAAGAAGCAAGUUUGAGUUGCAAUAUAGGACAACCUUGUUGGGUUUGUAGGAGUAAUGUUUUGACACCUUUUGCUGACUGAUUGUUGACCCUAAAGUUUGAGUCGGUUACCCUUUUGAGGACAAUAGGGACUAAAAUAGAAGGAAACUCUUGAAACAAAAUAUAACAUUGGGUGUUGCAAAUUGAAUGUAUCAUGACAUGUAAGUGUAUAGUGAGUAAAUUUCAUGAAGGAAACAUGAUUUUGAUGUCAUGGUCUAAAUAUACAACAAAACCGACUAAAAUGAUGUUCUUGUUUUAUGUAUUUAAUUUAACAGCAAAUCUUUGACAGUUAAAAUAUUUUGUAGAUCAAAACCUCAUCCAGCUGUGCAAUAUAUAUCAGCAUUGACAUCUGGAGACCUAUUACUAUUUGUUUUGGUCACUGUAAAGUGAAAUGUUAUUAUAUUUGCUACGAAAAAUCAGAGUGGUUUUCUUUUUUCAAAAACAAAAGUCUUUAUUGAUUAUGAUAGUUUUUAUUGAUUAUGAUUAAGGUUCAUUUCGGUCAAGGGAAUCUCUUAGGACACCCCUAUACAUUUUGAAAAACACCUCUGAAAACUCAAAAAUC